AUGUCUGCGUUCGGAGAGCCGAAGACGGAAAAGCUGCUCAAGAAGAGCCCCGAGGAUUGGGUGGUGUACAACGCGCGGAACAUGUCGCGCAUCUACCCCGCGGGGUCGAGAGUGGACUCCUCCAAUUACGACCCCGUGCCUAGCUGGAACGUCGGCAGCCAGAUCGUGGCGCUGAACUACCAGACCUCGGGCACCCCGAUGCGGCUCAAUGACGGCAAGUUCCGCGACAACGGGGAGUGCGGUUACCUCCUCAAGCCGGAGUGCUUGCGGACCGGCUCGCCGUUUCACCCGGAGCAUGGCCCGUUCCCUCCGGGGGGCGUCACGCUCACCGUGCAGGUGGUGAGCGGGCGGCAGCUGCCCAAACCCGGGGGGGCGCAGCAGGGCGAGAUCAUAGACCCCUACGUCGUCGUCUCCGUCAACGGCCUCCCUAGUGACUGCAAGAAGGCCAAGAGCACCAAGGUCAUCCAGGACAACGGUUUCAAUCCCAUCUGGAACGAAACCAGCACCUUUGAGAUCACGAUGCCCGAGGUGGCGUUGUUGAUGUUCACUGUGAUGGACAAGGACGUGAACAAGGACGAUUUCAUAGCCCAGACGGUCUUGCCGGUGAAGAACGUCAGGAAGGGCUACCGCUCCCUCCGACUCUACAGCAGCAGCGGCACGCAGCACGGAGAUUUCGAGCACUCGUCGCUCUUGUGCCGUUUCGCCAUCACUCCGACGUGAUGAUAGUAUGAUAGUAGCCGUGGCCGGCCAACCUCUAACGAUACUCUUUUGUGCCGGUUCAAUGAACCGCUCGGUGACGUAAAGGCCGCGUUGUGCCGGUUCACCUUCAUUUGGAGGGACCAAGGGGAUGUGGGUAACUAAGCGCGGAGUAGAUUGAAUGUAUUCUAGACAGGGUGAACAUUCAAUACAUGUAAAUGGUUAUUUUGCGGUCCAGGAGGGACUGCUGGCUGCGGUGGUGAUGGGCGCGCGAUGUAAAAGUAUGGACCGUCGCAUUUUGGGGGCUCUCCUUGUGUAACCCCCCCCUUCGCCUUCUAACGAUGGUUGUAUCAUGGAUUGUUGUGGUCCAGCCUGUGAGGGAGCGAUUUGGCCCGCAGCGUAGCCACCUUGUAGGUUGGCGUUUAUUGCCUAUUGUUACGACGAAAGCCAGGCAGAGAUAAGUAGAGGGGUAAAAAGAGGAACGCCGCUUGUGGCGGUGCGUGCAGCUUGGCUGGACUCGAUUUUGUUUAAGGGCAACAUCUGGCAGUCGGUGCCCUAGAGAUUUUUGGCCCUCCUUUCAUUCAUGUUGCUGUCUGGCUGUCUGGCUGUUCCUUCAAGUGCUGGAAGUUGGAAAAGUUAUCGUGUUGGUUUCGUGACUAUCAAAACGAACCGCGUACCCCAGACGGAAGGCGCGAGUUCGGUGUGCUGGCUGUGCCCUCGUGGAGCCAAUCGGUCUGAUUUUGUUGCUGGAGGGUGCCAAGCAAAGCUGAGAUGCCUCAGGAAUGAAAUGCAUACUUGGGUGUCGUGGCCAAUGAUUGGACCGGAAAAAAAUUCUUUGUGCCCUCGUGGUUUAUGGCAGGAGAGGCCGCGCAAUGAAUGAAGGAAUGAUUGUGAUGCCAACGUUGCUGUCUGUUGUAGACGUUGUUGUUGUUGUUGUUGUUGUUGUUGUUGUUGUUGUUGUCGUCUUCGUCGUUGUCACUAUUGUAGUUGUCGUUGUCGUAGUUGUAGAUCGCUCUUCGACGGAAGACACAGUAUAAUGCGUGUCGGGGCUGCUGGUGCGUGCAAUAGUAGCGGCAGCAAACAAGAACCUCGAACGUAUCAAAGCGUCUUCAUGCGUAAUGUUGUGUAAUAGGUGCCCGAUGCCUGCGGCACUGUUCCACUUGGGUUCAUACUCAACAGUUCAUAUACCUUAUUGUACCCG